CAAAGAGUGUGACAAUGUCAGUGUGAGUUAUUCGUCCAUCACCAUUCAUCAUGACUGGGAGAGUUCUUUUCUUGGGCCUUCUGCUCAUCUGUGUGGUUGCAGACACAGAGGCUUCACCUGUCAAGCCAACCUGUCCUAUCACACAUGGGCCAAUUAUAUGCACUUCUGACUACAACCCCGUGUGUGGUACUGAUGGGAAUACAUAUUCCAACGAGUGUGCUCUCUGUGAUCACAUUCAGACGACACAACAGGACAUUUUGAAGGCCCACGAUGGACCCUGCAGCCAGGUUUAGCUGCCCAACAAGGGGAUAUCAACAGUUGAAAUGUUUCAAUUACAAAUAUAAUCUUGAAUAAUAAAAGUAUUUGGACAAAUA